AUGCAAUCCCUCGCCGCUCUUUUCAGCGUGCUGUUUCUCUUCGGCUCGAACGGCUUUGCGCACCCAAUCGCCGAAGUCCUGAGCAGUCCCGAUGACCUCACCCUAGCAAAACGCGACUCCGUCCACUGCUACGACUCCGGCUUCAAGGUACCCCGAGAAGCCUUGACCUCCGUAAUCGACAAGUUCUGCGACCAGGUCAACGCGUAUGACGGGCUCAGGAAAAACAACGCAGUUUCGAAGACCUAUUCGACCGUCGUGGGACACAGCGUCGUCGUCUCUGUCACUCCCAAGAAAUGUGGGGCUAUCGAUCAGGAACUUAUGUGCAAGGUCAUCUUGCGGAUGCCGGUCGACCAGUGCGAUACGAGCAGUACUUCCGACAAGCAAGGCGGAACGGUGGAUACGGGCUGCGCGACUUGGCGAGUUGAUCCGGAAGAGGCGUGGGUUUGA